CAAAAGUGCCUUUACUUUCAAUUGAAUGUUUUUAUUUCCAUCAUUAAAUUACCCAUGGUAAUUUUCACCCAUCCCCCACUAAAUCGCCCACGUUUCCAAUUAAAUUACAUGCAAUUCUGGCAAGAGACAUUGCAACAUUUUAGUAUUUUUCGAAUCAAUCUGUUUGGCAAUCUUAGUGUCUGUUUCUGGAGCAGGUGGGAUUGAGCCCAGAUCUCCUGGUUCAAGGGACACUCAAACUGCAUUACACAAACCUUUAACAACAUUUUUCCUCUUAUUUAACUUAUUUUUUUAAUCUACAUAUUCAGAAUUACACCCCUGGAGCAGUAGGGACUUGGCCCAGGCCUUUACCAACAUUUAUAAAAAGAGUUGCAUGAAUUCUAAACACCUGAUAAUUGUUCAAUUGCUACUUUUGAACUCUGAGGAAAGGUUAUCUGACCCAAAAUGUUACUCUGAUUUCUCUCCACAGAUGCUGCCAGACCUGCUGAGCUUUUCCAGCAAUUUCUUUAUUUGUUGCCACAUUACAAUGUUGUUUAUUGAAGUCACAUAUUGCAAGGUAGUUUAGAUAGUAAUUCAUAUGACCUGAUCUGUGAGGGUAUGAGCUGGAAGCAACUCAAAUUCCUGCUCAUAUGCAGACACUCAAUGUUCUUUACUAAGCAUGUAUUGAAAUAAUACACCUCAGUAACUGAAUUGUCAAUGGAGAAAGACUGCACACACUGGCCAAUAUUUGUAUAUGGUGCAAAUAUUGUGUGCCAGAUAGUUCUGGAAAGCAAACAAAAAAAGGAUAAAAGUGACAAGGCUAAAAUGCUUGAUGCAAUUUAGAGCAAUUAAUGUAUAGUACAGGCAUAUUAUGAACAUUCACAUAAGCUAAAAGAAACAAUACUAUUCACAUACUAAUAUGCAACUCUGACAUCAUAAUCUCCUUGCUCAAUGUUAUGUUUCAUCAGGCAUGGUUGCUUCUUAACUGUUAACUAUCAGAAUUGUGUUCAGUGGUCAGUACCAGAGAGUUAUCAGUAAACCUUUCCCUCUGCACCAUUUACACGUCAGAUCUUUAGCAGCUUCCCAAAAAUGCAAACUAAUGAUGAAUUUUAUUUUGUUUUGAGAAUUUGAACCCUGAGGCAGUUGAAUUGUUUUAUGAGAUGAUGAAAAGGACUUUAUGAAAUCACAGCAGUUAUUGUGACUGACCUGGGUGCACCUGUAACCAGGCAACAGGUACUCAAAACUAAUCAAGUCAACGCCCCCGCGGAACUAGACCAAUAGGAAGGCGUGACUAUUGAUUGACAGGGGGCAUUGACCAAUAGAAAAUAGGUGUCGAUGACGCAGCGGUACAUAAACAAUACUGCAAUCGUUGGCCGCUCAUUUGAGCGAACAGCUUUCCCGGUUAGAGUAGUUUAGGCAGAGCUUUCGGUAUGCGAGAGAUCGUGCAUCUUCAGGCGGGCCAGUGUGGCAACCAGAUCGGGGCCAAGGUUUGUACAAGUUAGCCACCUCAGGAUUAGGGCUUCUAGGGAAGGGGUGGAAGUGUGAGGAAAUCAAGGGCGUGGCAUGACCCGCCCAGAACAUGCCCCACACUCACGCCCAUUGACCCGAGCGGUGCGGGUCUGAAGAGCGGUGCCGAUGAAUGUCCUGUUUGUGGAGGCCACUCGGGUGUCUGGCUGACGGUUAGACGACGAGGUGCUGGGCGGCAGCUGCCCCGUCCGGGCACGCAUGCGUGCUGCUGGCUCCGCCUCCCGGCGAGGGCGCAUGUGCAGUGGUAGCGGCACGAUCUCCCGCCUGAUGGGUGUCUUCCGCCAGUCUUCCUUUCGCGGGCUGCAGGGCCUCCCAGCCACCUAACCUCACUUGGGCACGACUGACAGAUAAAUGUUCAGGUGGCAAGUAUGUGCCUCGUGCUGUGCUCAUGGAUUUGGAGCCUGGUACUAUGGACUCUGUUCGCUCUGGUCCCUUUGGACAAAUAUUCAGACCAGAUAACUUUGUGUUUGGUCAGAGUGGUGCUGGCAACAACUGGGCCAAAGGACAUUACACUGAAGGAGCUGAACUGGUUGACUCUGUUCUAGAUGUGGUGAGGAAGGAGGCGGAAAGUUGUGAUUGUCUCCAGGGCUUUCAACUCACCCACUCGCUGGGUGGUGGAACUGGUGCUGGUAUGGGCACACUCCUCAUCAGCAAGAUCCGUGAAGAAUACCCUGACAGAAUAAUGAACACAUUCAGUAUCGUGCCUUCACCAAAAGUGUCAGACACAGUCGUGGAACCUUAUAAUGCCACCCUGUCUGUCCACCAGCUUGUGGAGAACACUGAUGAGACUUAUUGUAUUGAUAAUGAGGCUCUGUAUGACAUUUGUUUCCGAACCCUCAAACUCACAACUCCUACUUAUGGUGACCUGAACCACCUUGUAUCAGCCACCAUGAGCGGUGUAACAACCUGUCUGCGUUUUCCCGGUCAGCUCAAUGCUGACCUGCGUAAACUAGCAGUGAACAUGGUCCCCUUCCCCCGUCUGCACUUUUUUGUGCCAGGUUUCACUCCUUUGACCAGCCGUGGCAGCCAGCAGUACCGUGCCCUCACAGUACCUGAACUUACCCAACAGAUGUUUGAUGCCAAAAACAUGAUGGCAGCCUGUGACCCUCGACACGGCCGCUACCUGACCGUUGCUGCCGUUUUCCGAGGACGCAUGUCCAUGAAAGAGGUGGAUGAACAGAUGUUGAAUGUCCAAAACAAAAACAGCACAUACUUUGUUGAAUGGAUUCCCAAUAAUGUUAAGACAGCUGUUUGUGAUAUCCCACCGAGAGGCCUCAAAAUGUCUGCCACCUUUAUUGGCAAUACAACAGCUAUCCAGGAGCUGUUUAAACGCAUCUCUGAGCAGUUUACUGCCAUGUUCCGGCGGAAAGCUUUCUUGCAUUGGUACACUGGUGAGGGCAUGGAAGAGACUGAGUUUACUGAGGCUGAGAGUAACAUGAAUGACCUGGUUUCUGAGUACCAGCAAUAUCAGGAUGCUACAUCUGGAGAGGAGGCUGAAGAGGAAGAAUUAGGAGGAGAAGAAAAUUAAGCUAUAUAUUGUGUAUUAGUCUACAAAGCUUCAGAUGGGCAGUCCUCUUUUGCCAUUCUGCACUUUCUUGUUUUAAUAUCAAAUGCUACUUUGUAAGGGGAAUAAAUUUAAAUAAUUGCAAUGCAGUUUUGUUUGGAGUGUUGUUUUCCAAGUUUGAAUCCAUUGUGUUUGUAUUAUUUAAUGAAAACCCAGACAGUUAAGAGAUCCAUUGCUAAAUUGAUCUAUAUAUGUACAGUGGCUAAGUGAAGAUAUUUUCAUUAUAUGACAAUUGGUAUAAGAUAAAGAAAAAGACUUUUAAUGAGAUACGUGCAGAUAUAAGAGAAUUUUAAAACUUACUAUUCUGUAUCUUAAUAAAAAUCUUAAGUUGAUCUUCUGGUCUACAAAACCGUGCUUCCUGCUGUCACACAUUUUCAUUAUAAAUUCCCAAUACCACUUUUGUACUGGAAAUUACCUGUUUAAACUCAUCAUCGUGUAACUGCAUCAUCUGGUCAGUGGGUUACCUUUCCCACAGGCUCUUCUCAAUGUUUUUAAACAUUGCCAUAAAUAUUUUUGAUCCACCUUCUUUCCCUCAGUAGCAGAAAUAUCUUUGUCCAAAGUAACAAUUAUACAAACUAUAUAUUUUUAAUGACAUAAUUUGUGAUUAAAAUAUAUCCAUUGAAUUGUCUUCUGUGUCUUUUAAUGCCUUCUUAAAACUUUUUGCUUGAAACUGGUUGACUUCUCCCAACAGUUUGAGUUUGGGCAUUAUGGAGAAGAAAUU